AUGUAUUCUCCCAAUACUCCUCAAUAUUUACAUGAUCUCUCGAUGCAACAUCAUGAUGACCCAAAGCUCCACUACUGUAUGAAUUCACCCAUCCGAUCCUCUUCAUCCUCGCUCCGUACUUCUUUUCAUCCUUCUCUUCAUCAUCCGAUGAAAACUCCUCCAAGAACACCCUCUUCCUCCUUAAAACAACCUUCCCGUUCUACUACAUCUCGUGCUCGAGAGAUGAUAGCUUCUACCUUAACGACCAUGUUAUUAUUCUCUCCUUCUCAACUUCAUGAUGAUGAUAAUAAAUUCGGAAACACUUCAUUAUACGAUGAAAACACCACCAAGAACACCACUCCCAUCCAACGAUCAUUGUUUGAAGAAUUCAAUGAAUGUAUUGUAGAUCCAAUGAUGCCUCAUUCCUCAUUCACUAGUCCAAUGAAAACCACACAACCAUCAUCUACUCUGAUGGAUGUAAGUAAGGAAUCCUCUCUAAUUGAAAAGAAGAGAAUGUUGAGGCUCUUCUUUGAGAGAACUCUUCUGGUAUUGGUUGCUGUAUUGCUCUUUCCCCUUAAAAUGGUGGCUCAUCUCAAAAACAAGAUCUCCAGUCAGGAGAAUCGAAGCAUGGACCAUGAGAUGGCACAACAUGGUGAAGAUUCAUUGAAUUUCAACAACCUUGUGCAAGAAUGUAACUGGAAUGAAAGUAAAUUACAACAAGAAGAUUCCAUAUUACUAAAUUCCGAAAGGGAUGAUCUAAGGAGUAAUAAGGAUAUGAAUGAACAACAGAAACGACUCGAGGCUCUUGAAUGUACAGUGAAAACGCUUACAACUCAAUUGGAAAAUGUCAUGCAUGAAAAGAAACUGGUUGAGGAACAGUUGGAUGCUCUCUUGACGUCCUUAAAACAAUUGGAUUUGAAUUGCAAGAAAGAGUCUCAUACAAACUCUACUGAAAUAUUCACAACCCAAUUGAUCGACAAUUGUCACGAGUUCUCGUCAGGAAAAGAAAACGUGCACGAUGAGAGCGAGUUUGCAGCGCCUGACAAUUCUCAAUCAGCUACCUCUUCCACGGACUCCAUCAUUCCUAACCUCACAAACACAACAUUCCCAAAUCGUUCUCAAAUCCAGUUCGAUAUGAUAUUCACACUUUUCAUUUGUCCCAUCAUUCUAGUGUUAUUUUUCUCAUUCAUCCUUGAUUGA